GGUGGCCGAGAGGAUGCCGCGACUGUGUUAGCAGCGACUGAAGAAGUAGCCCCGGGAGGUCCGGGCAGCAUCUUUUCUCCAUUCAGGCCUCCCGAGUCCCGGGGAGGCGCCCCGGCAGCCGUCACCAUGGUGAAGGAGCAGUUCCGGGAGACGGACGUGGCCAAGAAAAUAAGCCACAUCUGUUUUGGAAUGAAGUCACCUGAGGAGAUGCGCCAGCAGGCACACAUCCAGGUUGUGAGUAAGAACCUGUACAGCCAGGACAACCACCAUGCCCCCUUACUGUAUGGAGUGCUUGACCAUAGGAUGGGUACAAGUGAGAAGGACCGUCCAUGUGAAACCUGUGGGAAAAACUUGGCUGACUGUCUAGGCCACUAUGGGUACAUCAACCUGGAGUUGCCGUGUUUUCACGUGGGGUACUUCAGAGCAGUCAUAGGCAUCUUACAGAUGAUCUGCAAAACCUGCUGCCACGUUAUGCUGUCCCAGGAAGAGAAGAAGCAGUUUCUGGAUUUUCUAAAGAGACCCGGCCUGACCUACCUUCAGAAGCGAGGCCUGAAGAAGAAGAUCUCUGAUAAGUGCCGAAAGAAGAAUAUCUGCCAUCACUGUGGCUCUUUUAAUGGGACUGUAAAGAAGUGUGGAUUACUGAAGAUAAUUCAUGAGAAAUACAAGACCAACAAAAAAGUGGUGGAUCCCAUCGUAUCAAAUUUCCUUCAGUCUUUUGAAACAGCCAUUGAACAUAACAAAGAAGUGGAGCCACUGCUGGGAAGGGCGCAGGAAAACUUGAACCCCUUAGUAGUGCUGAAUUUGUUUAAACGAAUCCCAGCUGAAGAUGUUCCUCUGCUUCUGAUGAACCCAGAAGCCGGCAAGCCCUCCGAUUUGAUUCUCACGCGACUUUUGGUGCCUCCUUUGUGUAUCAGACCUUCCGUUGUGAGCGAUUUGAAAUCUGGCACCAAUGAAGAUGAUCUGACGAUGAAAUUGACAGAAAUCAUUUUUCUAAAUGAUGUUAUUAAAAAGCACCGGAUCUCAGGAGCCAAAACCCAGAUGAUCAUGGAGGACUGGGAUUUCCUGCAGCUACAGUGUGCCCUGUACAUUAACAGUGAGCUCUCAGGCAUUCCUCUUAACAUGGCGCCCAAGAAAUGGACCAGAGGUUUCGUCCAGCGCCUGAAGGGAAAACAGGGUCGAUUUAGAGGCAACCUCUCAGGAAAGAGAGUGGAUUUUUCUGGAAGAACAGUCAUCUCACCUGACCCCAACCUUCGGAUUGAUGAGGUAGCUGUGCCAGUUCACGUGGCCAAGAUUCUAACUUUUCCUGAAAAGGUGAACAAAGCAAACAUCAAUUUUUUGAGGAAACUGGUUCGAAAUGGCCCUGAAGCUCACCCAGGAGCGAAUUUCAUUCAGCAGAGACACACGCAGAUGAAAAGGUUUUUGAAAUACGGAAAUCGGGAAAAGAUGGCUCAGGAGCUCAAGUAUGGCGACAUAGUAGAGAGACACCUCAUAGAUGGAGACGUGGUGCUGUUCAAUCGGCAGCCCUCACUGCACAAAUUGAGCAUCAUGGCUCAUCUGGCCAGGGUCAUGCCCCACCGGACUUUCAGAUUUAAUGAAUGUGUCUGUACACCCUACAAUGCAGACUUUGAUGGUGAUGAAAUGAACCUUCACCUUCCUCAAACAGAAGAAGCUAAAGCAGAGGCCCUUGUUCUGAUGGGGACUAAAGCAAAUCUUGUAACCCCAAGGAAUGGGGAGCCACUGAUUUCUGCUAUUCAGGAUUUUCUAACAGGUGCCUAUCUCCUAACUCUCAAGGACACAUUCUUUGACCGGGCCAAGGCUUGCCAAAUCAUUGCUUCAAUACUGGUUGGCAAGGAUGAGAAAAUUAAAGUUCGCCUCCCACCCCCUACGAUAUUAAAGCCUGUCACCCUGUGGACAGGAAAGCAGAUCUUCAGUGUCAUCCUCCGUCCUAGCCAUGACAGUCCAGUGAGGGCCAACCUCCGAACAAAGGGCAAGCAGUACUGUGGCAAAGGAGAAGAUCUCUGUGUCAACGAUUCCUAUGUUACGAUCCAGAACAGCGAAUUGAUGAGUGGCAGCAUGGACAAAGGAACCCUGGGAUCAGGAUCCAAGAACAAUAUUUUCUACAUUUUACUGCGAGACUGGGGACAGAAUGAAGCCGCUGAUGCCAUGUCAAGGCUUGCCAGGCUAGCUCCUGUCUACCUGUCUAACCGUGGAUUCUCAAUUGGGAUCGGUGACGUCACACCUGGCCAAGGACUGCUAAAGGCCAAGUAUGAGUUGCUGAAUGCCGGUUACAAGAAAUGUGAUGAGUACAUCGAAGCCCUGAACACAGGCAAGCUUCAGCAGCAGCCUGGCUGCACCGCUGAGGAGACUCUGGAGGCCCUGAUCCUGAAGGAGCUGUCUGUAAUCCGUGAUCACGCCGGCAGUGCCUGCCUCCGGGAGCUGGACAAGAGCAACAGCCCCCUCACCAUGGCUCUGUGUGGCUCAAAAGGUUCUUUCAUUAACAUAUCACAGAUGAUUGCCUGUGUGGGACAGCAGGCCAUCAGCGGCUCCCGAGUGCCAGAUGGCUUUGAAAACAGGUCCUUGCCUCACUUUGAAAAGCACUCAAAGCUGCCAGCUGCCAAAGGCUUUGUGGCUAAUAGCUUUUAUUCCGGUUUGACACCAACUGAGUUUUUCUUCCACACAAUGGCAGGCCGGGAAGGUCUAGUCGACACAGCUGUGAAGACAGCUGAAACAGGAUACAUGCAGAGAAGGCUUGUCAAAUCCCUUGAAGAUCUUUGCUCCCAGUAUGAUUUGACAGUUCGAAGCUCUACCGGUGAUAUUAUCCAGUUCAUUUACGGGGGAGAUGGCUUAGAUCCUGCAGCUAUGGAGGGAAAAGAUGAACCUUUGGAGUUCAAAAGGGUUCUGGACAACAUCAAAGCAGUCUUCCCAUGUCCGAGCGAGCCUGCACUCAGUAAAAACGAGCUCAUCCUGACCACGGAGUCCAUCAUGAAGAAGAAUGAGUUCCUCUGCUGUCAGGACAGCUUCCUGCAGGAAAUAAAAAAAUUCAUUAAGGGGGUCUCUGAGAAGAUCAAGAAAACCAGAGAUAAAUAUGGCAUCAAUGAUAACGGCACAACAGAGCCUCGUGUGCUGUACCAGCUGGACCGCAUCACUCCUACCCAAGUAGAGAAGUUUCUGGAGACCUGUAGGGACAAGUACAUGAGAGCACAGAUGGAGCCAGGUUCUGCAGUGGGGGCACUCUGUGCCCAGAGCAUUGGUGAGCCGGGCACCCAGAUGACCCUGAAGACUUUCCACUUUGCAGGCGUGGCCUCCAUGAACAUCACACUAGGUGUGCCCCGGAUUAAAGAGAUCAUCAACGCCUCCAAGGCCAUCAGCACUCCAAUUAUCACAGCACAGCUAGACAAGGAUGAUGACGCAGAUUACGCACGCCUCGUGAAAGGCAGAAUUGAGAAAACCCUCUUGGGGGAGAUCUCAGAGUAUAUUGAAGAAGUGUUUCUUCCUGAUGACUGUUUUAUUCUUGUCAAGCUCUCCCUGGAACGGAUCAGGCUUCUGAGACUGGAAGUGAAUGCCGAGACCGUGCGAUACUCCAUCUGCACGUCCAAGCUGCGCGUAAAGCCUGGAGAUGUGGCUGUUCACGGUGAGGCUGUGGUGUGUGUCACCCCCAGAGAAAACAGCAAGAGCUCCAUGUACUACGUGCUACAGUUCUUGAAAGAGGAUCUCCCUAAGGUGGUGGUGCAGGGCAUCCCAGAGGUAUCCAGAGCUGUCAUCCACAUCGACGAGCAGAGCGGGAAGGAGAAGUACAAGCUUCUGGUGGAAGGUGACAACCUGCGGGCAGUCAUGGCCACCCACGGUGUGAAGGGCACGCAAACCACCUCCAAUAACACCUACGAGGUGGAGAAAACCCUUGGCAUUGAGGCGGCCCGGACAACCAUCAUCAGUGAAAUCCAGUACACGAUGGUCAACCACGGCAUGAGCAUCGACAGGAGGCAUGUGAUGCUGCUCUCCGACCUCAUGACCUACAAGGGUGAAGUCCUGGGCAUCACUAGGUUUGGCCUGGCCAAGAUGAAGGAGAGUGUGCUGAUGCUGGCUUCCUUUGAGAAGACGGCUGACCAUCUCUUUGAUGCUGCCUAUUUUGGACAGAAGGACUCCGUGUGUGGGGUGUCUGAGUGCAUCAUCAUGGGCAUCCCAAUGAACAUUGGGACCGGGCUCUUCAAGCUGCUGCACAAGGCCGACAGGGACCCAAACCCUCCCAAGAGGCCGCUGAUCUUCGACACAAACGAAUUCCACAUCCCCCUUGUUACAUAGUCCAAGAGAAGAGGGGACCAUUCCUGACCUCAGCUCCUUUUCUGCAGCUGACAUGAAGAACUCUGUGCUCCCUGGAACAGGGACUCUGAUGUCCCCACCUGUGCCAGCCAUCAGAGAAGGCUCCUGGCAUUCCCAGGACCAGCUCCUCUGAUAGGGAACAGCUCACAUUGGUAACCCUGACUGCACCACACUGCUUAGAAGAGCUGAGGGUUUUACCGUUUGCUUGUUUGUUUGUUUGUAACCCAAUCUAUGGGCGACCCAGCACCUCCUAGGUACCCUGCCUCCCUGGAUUUAAAAGAAGGUCGCUUAGGUGGUAUUGCCCAUCCCCCCUCACCUCAUCCCAUUCAUUGGCUCCCUGUAGUAUCUUCACGUCUGACGGUGAGCUAGCGGUAAACCCGUCACGGGCCAGGGCAUGUUCCUGGAUUUGCUGUUCCUCGGUCAUCUGUAUGUAGUCUCUCACUGUGACAUACUCAUGUAAAUAUUGUCACUAUUAUUUAUUUGUUCCCAUGUGAGAGAUUUGGAAUUGUUAUCAUUUUGGUUUUACUUCUGAAACCAAGCAACUACAGAAACCAGGAAAGUCGGCAUUUAAGCAUCACUGGAAAAACUGGUUCAGCAAAUGGGACCGUCUAGGGUUUGUAGCUGAGCUGAGCCCGUGGUGAGACCCACACGGCACUGAAACAUCUUCUGCAGCUGCCCCAAAUAUUCUGCUGUUUUCCUCUACCUCAGACCCCAGCGGGGGGCUCUGUCCUGUGACCAGAGCCAAACCCAUUCUGCCUAUAGGUACCUCCCUCUAGACCUAUAGGUGCCUCCCUCAAGUUCGGGGCCUGCUGCGGUGGGGGAGGGGCAAGAUGGAUUUUUAUAGAGUUGCACAUCUAUCCUUGGGACAAUCCCUAGCUGAGUUCCCUGGUUCUGAGUUAACGCUGUUCAGGUACAUAGCAUAGCCUUUGGUUCUGGAAUCUUUGUUGGAAUGAAUGCUUUCCCUCCCUUACUGAUGGGAUUCUGAAUUAGGAAGUCCAGACCUGGGUUCUUUGGGGCCAGCACUCAGGUUUGGAAUUUUUUUAAAUGUGUAGUUUGG